UGUUAGGAUAGUGAUGAGUGAAUCCCGGUCUCAGCUCUCGGCCGUCUCUCUAGAAACACUGACAGACUGGGAACUUCAGUUCCCAGGAGGCCGUGCGGCCAUUGAUCUCGCGAUGUUUGCAGGACACCCAUCCACUCUGUUGGAAACCCCAGAGAAGGCGGGCCACGUCUCGGCCUGACCUAUGGGUGCGCGGCAUGCUGGGAUAUGUAGUCCAUCCGGGACCGGGACGCCCCCUCGUAUGAAUGGGGCCUCGUCUGACUGGGAACUACAGUUCUGCUGGCAGCAUCCGUGGCGGCCGUAGGGGAAGGGAGAACCGCAGCAGUCCUACGGGACAGAGCGCUCCGGAACGGUGGCGAUGUGCUGUGCAGGCUUCCUGGGGUAACGGUAUAAGCGGGUGCUUCCCUUGCACGCUCGCUCCUCUUUUGCCCCGGCCAUGCGCCCAGCCUUUGCGGUGGGCCUGGUGUUCGCAGGCUGCUGCAGUAACGUGAUCUUCCUAGAGCUGCUGGCCCGGAAGCAUCCAGGAUGUGGGAAUAUCGUGACAUUUGCACAAUUUUUAUUUAUUGCUGUGGAAGGCUUUCUUUUUGAAGCUGAUUUGGGAAGGAAGCCGCCAGCUAUCCCAAUAAGGUACUAUGCUAUAAUGGUAACCAUGUUCUUUACUGUCAGCGUGGUGAACAACUAUGCCCUGAAUCUUAACAUUGCCAUGCCCCUGCAUAUGAUAUUUAGAUCUGGCUCUCUAAUUGCCAACAUGAUCCUAGGAAUUAUCAUUUUGAAGAAAAGAUACAGUAUAUUCAAAUAUACCUCCAUUGCCCUGGUGUCUGUAGGCAUAUUUAUUUGCACUUUCAUGUCAGCAAAGCAGGUGACUUCCCAGUCCAACGUGAGUGAGAAUGAUGGAUUCCAGGCAUUUGCAUGGUGGUUACUAGGCAUUGGGGCACUGACUUUUGCUCUUCUGAUGUCAGCAAGGAUGGGUAUAUUCCAAGAGACUCUAUACAAACAAUUUGGGAAGCACUCCAAGGAGGCUUUAUUUUAUAAUCACGCCCUUCCACUUCCUGGUUUUAUCUUCUUGGCCUCUGAUAUUUAUGACCAUGCAGUUCUCUUCAAUAAGUCUGAACUAUAUCAACUUCCAGUCAUCGGUGUGACAGUGCCCAUCAUGUGGUUCUACCUGCUCAUGAAUGUUAUCACUCAGUAUGUGUGCAUCCGGGGUGUGUUCAUCCUCACGACAGAAUGUGCCUCCCUCACCGUCACACUUGUUGUGACUCUACGCAAGUUCGUGAGCCUCAUCUUUUCCAUCCUGUACUUCCAGAACCCUUUCACUCUGUGGCACUGGUUGGGUACCCUGUUUGUCUUCAUUGGGACCUUAAUGUACACAGAGGUGUGGAACAACAUAGGGACUACAAGAAGUCAGCCGCAGAAGGAUGACAAGAAGGACUGAGGUCUGCCUGGACCAGACAGACCAGUGUUGUGCGAGUGGGGCCUCUAGCAAAGGUCUGGCCAUUUCACUUUGGGUAAUGCCUCAUUACCCCCAGUAUUGAACUAAACCUGUCCCAGAGAAUCCUCAGCAGGAGUGGACCUCUCCAGUUUCCAUGGCUACCUGGACUAUGUAGACUCCAAAUAAAUAUCCUCAGCCCUCAAAACAGAAAAAAAGAAUAGUUCUAUACUACUGAGGAGCUCACUGAUUUGCUGUUUUUGUUUGGUUUACCAGAAUAUUCAGAACUGUACUUGUUUGUUGAAUUCCAGUGCCCCAGAGAUACUACUUUUAUAGCUGUGGUGUCAGACAAGAUUGUGCCUUCGUUGCUGUUCUGAUGCUUCUCUGCCGUAGCAGUUAUUACCAUCCUGUGCCACGUCCUUUUCCCACCUGUCAUCCCUCCACUCCUCAGCAGCACUUUGCAAUCUGUCACAUGCUCCAGGCCCCACUGUCCGCUGAAGAACAGAGUGGUGAGUGAACUGAGACCGCAGGAACAUCAGGGCUGGACUUCCUCCAGCAUUUUGGAAAAGAAGUUGUUGUCCCUAUGAGCUGAGCCCUGGUGACACUGGAGUAGACUGGUUGAUCCUUCUUUCUCAUAUUUUAUUCCCCAUACACACACGUAUCAGAGGCUUUUCCUAUCUGUUGUUUUCUGUGCUUCGAACAAUUCUGCAGCAUCUCGUGGCAUGAUGGUAGUAUGAGAGAAAGGUUCUACAUGAUUGGGAAGAGGGAGACUUUUUCCUCAGUCUUGUAUAUGAAGCCCAUUAGCCUGUCACUAAGAUGGGGACAGCAGCCUGGCCCAGUACAGCUGGCCCUGCUCAGUACCCUGAGAGCCACAGCUUCUCCCAUAGGCCCAGCUGGAGUGGGAGGGUAAGACUGUGAAAAACUCCAGAGCCAGGAAAACUAGCUCUGCCUGGUAACUAGGACGGGCACCACCAGCCAGGGGAAUAGACUCAGCUAUACAGUAGGUGUGGGUGUGGUGUCUAUAUCAGGUCAGAUCACAAAUGCAGUGGAAAGUUCCUCUUUUUUUUCCUAUAAGGUGUGUUUAAUGUUCAUUUUGGCUAUUUGGGAAAGAGUUAUAUGUGCUUUAUUAUAUCUAGAAACAGGCCUCUCUUAAUAAUCAUUUCUUGCUUUUUCUCUGAAGGGAUUGUAGUGAGAAAGAACAAUGACAGCAGUAACGUGUGGGGAAUGUGUGGUUUGUGUGCAGCUGAAGAGCACAGAAGUUGGUGUCUUUUAUUAGCUAUCUUUACUUAGUCCCAGUCCUCUUUAAAGUCAAUGUCCACUGCUGUUUUUCCUAUAGACAAAGGCCUUUCAUUUAGUGCUGGGUGCAGACUGCAUUCUGAAAUUGAGAUGCAGCUCUGGGUCGCCUAGGCUUGCUCCUGGCUGUCUGUUUCACCGGCUAGAUAGUCUCUUAUGGGUCUGAGCAAUAGUGGUGAGAAGUAUCCUUAACCACUGGACCGCUUGGGGAAAACAUUCACGCUGUCUCACGUCUUUUAUUACAUAAAAUAUGGACACUAUUUCUCUGCUGAAUCCCUGGGUUUGCAAACUGAUUUGUUACUCUGGAUACUGACACCUUGCGGGUAAUGGUCUGUUCUCAAAGAUGCUGAAUUGAAUGUGAACCCAUUCAUGGACUCAAAAGCUACUUGCUUUGAAAGAUGCGGAGUUCUUUGGAUUGAUGGAGUCAUACCUAUCAAAUGUUAAGUAUCCUCUUAAAAAAGAAAGCAACAAAAGCUACUUUUCUUUGCUUGCUGCUUAGUAGAAGAAUCUGUCCCUUGGGGCUAUUUGAUUGCUGCAGAUCUAGAGUCUCUGGUAAGUCUUAGUGGGAUAUAGCCUUACCUAAUAUAGCACCACCCUUUCUAGGUUGAUGGGAAAUACUACAGCUCAUAGUAUUUGAGAUGGGCUAACAUGCAGUCAGGAUUUAACUAGGCCCAUCAGAUGUUAGAUUCUAGCUUUAGAGCAGGUUUCUCUCAGAGUGAAUACCUCUUUGUUACACUCAUAUAACAAAAUGAGCACUCAUAGGAGCUGGAGACUUGAAAUACUGUGAGUUGUUUUUAUCUCUAGAUGUUGCAUGUAAGAAAGUAUGUUUAAUGGACACCGUUGAAUACUUUUUAAACCACUCUUUUAAAGAAUUUGUUCCCCUUGGUUAACUAAUUUUUCAAUUCAGGUUGAAUAUUUUUCCAACCUUUCAUUUUAAAAAGGGCAAAUAAACCUAUAGAGGUUUAUUUAUAGAGGAUCCAACUCAUACCUAAAUACAGGAAAAAUAUUGUCUUCUUUGUCUGAGUCAACACCAUGAAUUUUGUGCUUCAGAGAUGUACAGCAUAUAGUUUGUUUAUAAAUAGUUUAGUAUUUAAAACAUCUAUAGUUCUACCCUAGAGCAAAGCUCGGAUGGCAAAGACCCUAGCAGAAAAUAUGUGUGUGCACCUGUGUGUCUACUUAACAGCUUGGCUAGUACAGCAGAUAAGGCAGGAAAAAUGGUGCAAGUUUGAAUUAUGUUAUUUAAUAUCUAGAUAGUCUUUAUGAAAUUAUAUUGUCACACUAUAAUGCUUUUUUCAUGUUUAUCAGUAAUUUAUUUUUUAUUUAACUCAGUGCUUUAAAAAAUUCAGAGUUAAAGAUAGAACCUACGGCCUCACAGAUAUUUUUUAUUAUUUUUUUUCACCCAACUAAAACCACCACUAAUACACUUGGUGAGUUUAUGUGAAAUUCUAUUUAGACACCAUCCAAAGAGUUAGUGGUUUGGUUGUUUCCGUUUUUCCUUCUUCCUGCUCAGGCGAGGAAAAUGAAAUGCUGUAGUACAUUGACUCUGGUCAGUAAUAGAAGCAGAGAAAAACCAUGAAAGCUGAGCUGAUUUGUGCCAUCCAUCACCCACUUCCUCUGUUCAGGGAACAAUACAUGAUCUUUUUGAAGGAUUCUAGUAAAUAGGUGUUUCCUGAGUAACCUCCACCCCCGCCACUUCCUUACCCCCACUUCCGACUUCUUCACUACAGCCUCCACUCACACGUGUUUUCCAUCAAGCAAUACCUAUCAUCUCAUAUCUCUAUCUCUAUUCCUUGGGGCCUCCGGAUGGUUCUGUGGAUUUUUACAGGGUAUUUGUACCUGUGCGGCAUGUGUUUUGUUACACAUUUUUAUAAGCAUUGGUAUUAAGGGUGUGCAUCCGUAUGGGUGAGACUGGCAGAGUACACGAAUAUGUGUAUAGGUGAGUGUGAACAGGACGGGUCAGAACGAAAAUGUUGGUAUGUUUUGUUACAGCUCAUAGGAGAGGUGAGGCUCUACCACCAUUCCCUUCUAUAUUUGGGAAGCAGUUUUCUUAUGUGGAGCUUUUUACUGAAACUUUAGCUGGCUUCACUUAGCACUGCCAGAUAACCAACAGAAAGGGAAAGCACAAAACAUUGGGAGUAAUUCUGAACCAAUGACUUGGCUCUGGGUGCUGGAUAUGUUCAACAGGGGACCACUUGACCUGACCUGUGCAGAUAUACAAACUCAUGGGCAAAAAAGACAUCAGAGAGAUCUGAAACUGAGAUCCAGCAUUUGUUGUACUUUGUCCUCUCUUUGUCUUAUAAUAAAUGAAAUUAUGAAUAAUUCUGCCCUUACUAUGUAACCAAACCAUUUUGAUCAGGGUAGCUUUCUUCUGAAAGAUGUGACUGAAUUUUAUCAGUGGCAGUUCAUGCUUAGAUCAAAAGAACUGUUGCUAUAGAUAAAACCCAUUCACUGGUAUGUUCCUGUUGGCUGGUGUAACAUUUGAGAGAAGCUGUAAACCAUAUUUGUAAAUAAAGAACUAGUUCUCCGUCUUGGAAAAUAUUCAGUGUGCCCAGAGACUAGCAUCUCGGCUUGGUAGUGUGUUCUCUCUUUCCAGCAGCUUCCUCGCUGUAGACAUUCCAGGGAUGGGAAGAGCCAGGGAUCGUAUCCAAUUCAUUUCUGUAUCACCGGCUCCUGGCUUAGUGCUGACCUGUGUUACACGAAUAAAUGAAUGCUUGCCAUGAACAAAUGAGUGCUCCCUCAAGUGUCUGAGAAACCUUUUAAUGCUUCCGAACACCAUGCCCACUCUUCAUCAGCUGGUUGGCAAGACAGCUAGUAAGGGGAAACAUGCCAGAGGUUCCGAGUAAGAGAAGCGGGUGGAGGAAUGUUGGGAGAUCGGAAUAGUAUGCACUGUGCUACCCAGCUUUUUGCUCUUUUGACUGCCUGAUGGUAGGAGGGAAGAGCGUUAUAUACUUAGGACCCUACCUAUCUGGUGCUCAGGAAGAAAGUAUAAAGAGAUGCCAAUGAGAGCAUUACAGAUUCCUCAGAGUUUUGAAGUGGCCACCUAAGGUGAGCAGCAGCCCCACCCUCACAUGCCACAGCUGGUGAUGUUAAUGUGUAUUGGCUGCUGCCUGGAAAGCACCGUGUGACUGUAUCAACCUGGGAGCCUGCCUUGAGCUUAACUACUUAAAUCGCUGCUUGCUACCCAUCUUACCAAAAGGUGAACUGCAGGGGAACCAGCGAUAGGAGAGAAAAAACACUCACUCCUCCCUUAGAAUGAGGCCCAUACUUAAGAAAAAAGUGAUUUCUUUGGCACAUUGAAUUUAUGUCUUUGAGAUAUAAAGAAGACUGCUGUUAACCAAAGGUGGUGGUGGUGGUGAUUCCCCCAAAAUGUCUAAAACCCUAAAAACAUCUUUUUGUGUCACUUACAAUUGCAAGUCAUUUCUCUGCUGUUUGCCUUCCUUCCAGAAAGUGCCCUCAUCUUCCAAAAAAAGAUGAUGAUUUUGUAAGUGCGGUUUCCUAACAAAUUAUGGGUAAUGGAUGGGGGCGGGGUAGUGAGGAUUUUAUGUAUUCAGCCUCUGAGCUCUUCACUGAGUAGUACAUUUUAAGAACAAAGAUCGGCGGGCGGAAUAGAGGUAACAGCCAAGUAUGUAGAACAGCCAAGACAUUAGUGAGUAUUCAAACUCGAGCUGUGUAAAUAUCCAACAUCAGCUUCCAGCCUUAUGAGUUAUUGGAACAGAGAGUUAAGAAGAAAAUGGAGAUUUUGUGAAUAAAAUGUUUUGCCAAACUAAA